CAUAUAAACGGAGGAUCUAUUUAAGGGUUUAGGGUUUUGUUUGUAUAACUUCAAAGUACAACUUGGCUAAAAUGGAUUUUGUUCUAAAUUACCUAAAUGCAACUGCCAUUGGACUUCUUUCUCUGUUCCUCUUCCUUUUCUAUUUGUUUUUGUAUCAUCCCUUCAAAUUUGGUCAAAAUAAAGAGGCUCCCACGGUUGCAGGGGCAUGGCCAAUACUUGGCCACCUCCCGUUGUUGAGUGGCUCACAAUCACCACAUAGAACCUUGGGUGCUUUAGCUGACAAGUAUGGACCCAUAUUCACUAUCAAGCUUGGUGUCAAAGAGGCUUUAAUAAUAAGCAAUUGGGAAGUGGCUAAGGAAUGCUUCACCAAAAACGACGCCGUCGUUUCCUCUCGCCCUAAGCUUGUUGCCGUUGAGCACUUAGGCUACAACCAAGCCAUGUUUGCCGUAGCACCCUAUGGUCCUUAUUGGCGGGAGUUACGAAAGAUUAUAACAUCAGAAAUUCUUUCCACUCGUCGAGUAGAGCAACUACAACAUAUUCGUGUGACAGAAAUUCGAAAUUCGAUUAAAGAGCUCCUUGAUGUUUGGAGUAGCACAAAGAGCGAGUCUGCUGGUUAUGCAUUGGUGGAGCUGAAGCAAUGGUUUUCUCAUUUGACAUUCAACAUUAUUUUUCAAAUGACCGUUGGAAAGCGAUACUUUGGUGCUGCAAGUGUGGAUGAUGAGAAGGCACAGAGAUGUGUAAAAGCUAUGAAGGAGUUCUUGCGUCUGUUUGGCGUGUUCACAGUGGGAGAUGCUAUUCCUUAUUUGAGAUGGUUUGAUUUUGGUGGCCAUGAGAAGGCCAUGAAAGAAAUUGGCAAGGAAUUGGAUAGUAUGUUAAGUGAGUGGUUAGAGGAGCAUCGAAAAAAGAGGGCUUUGGGUGAGAACGUUCAAGACUUCAUGGAUGUGAUGAUUUCCUUGCUUGAUGGAAAAACAAUUGAGGGGAUCGAUGCCGAUACCAUCAUCAAAUCCACCGUAGAGACAGUAAUUUUGGGAGCAACUGACACAAGCAGUAGCACUCUGACAUGGGCAAUAAGUUUGAUACUGAGAAAUCCUCUUGUAUUAGAAAAAGUUAAAGCAGAACUUGAUAUUCAAGUUGGAAAACAAAGAUGCAUAUGUGAGUCUGAUGUAAGUAAGUUAACAUAUCUUCAUGCCAUAGUCAAAGAAACUUUGAGAUUAUACCCUCCUGUUCCCCUCUCAACGCCUCGUGAAUUCACAGAUGAUUGCAUUUUAAGUGGAUACAAUAUCAAGAAAGGAACUCGUCUAAUUACAAAUCUUUGGAAAAUUCACACAGAUUUUAAUGUGUGGUCAGAUCCAUUAGAGUUUAGACCAGAAAGAUUUUUUACUACUCAUAAAGAUAUUGAUGUGAAGGGUCAUCAUUUUGAGCUAUUACCGUUUGGAAGUGGUAGGAGGAUUUGUCCUGGAAUAUCCUUUGGCCUUCAUACUGUUCAUUUUACUCUUGCAAGUCUUUUGCAUUCCUUUGAGAUCUUAAAUUCGUCAACCGAACCUAUUGAUAUGACUGAAACCUUUGGAAUAGCCAAUGGUAAAGCCACCCCACUUCAGGUUCUUAUUAAGCCACGAUUAUCUCCUAGUUGUUAUGAAAGUUUGUAAUUCUUAUAUGUUAGUUAGCUGUGUGAACUUGGUACAUGUAUUUAUGUAGUCUAUUUUGGGUAAACGUUCGUGUUUGUCUUGUGUGAAGUAUUUCAAAACUAUGUAUUUUCUUGCUUUCAUUUUUAUUAUCAUGAAUAAGGAGAUUGAUUUGCACUAUUUCUUGAA